AUGGCGAACGACCUUCCAAAAGUGCUCGUUCUUGGUCCACCAACCUGCUUCUCAACUCUCGAACCACUUUACUCUCACAAGUUCAAUUUCUUGAACCCCAAACCCUCAGGACUUCCCUUGCAGCAAUUCAUGCUCGCCAACCACCACAACCCAUCAACAAUUUCCGCAAUACUCUGUAGCGGCUUAUAUGUCGUUUCCGUCGACGUCCUCUCUCUCCUCCCGUCGCUCCGUCUCAUCGUCAGCACUAGUGCUGGAACUGACCGCAUCGACCUUCACGAGUGCCGUCGUCGCGGAAUUCAGGUCGCCGGAGCUGGAGGGGCUUUAUCGGAGGAUGUGGCUGAUAUGGCCGUGGCGUUGCUUAUUGAUGUAAUGAGGAAAAUAACGGCGGCUGAUAGAUAUUUGAGAACGCGGCGAAACCAUUCCGAUGCUUGGGAUUUCCCACUUGGGUACAAGUUAUCAGGCAAACGUGUAGGGAUUGUUGGAUUGGGAAGUAUUGGCAUGGAAGUGGCAAAGCGAUUGGAGUCAUUCAAUUGCACCAUCAUGUACCACUCAAAACAUCAAAAACCAUCAAUUUCUUACCCUUUCUAUUCCAACGUUAUUGAUCUUGCAACUUCUAGCGACGCACUUGUCGUGUGUUGCGCACUAAAUAACCAAACACGACACAUGAUAAAUAGAGAUGUUCUUUUGGCAUUAGGAAAAGAAGGUUUUGUUGUCAAUAUUGGAAGAGGUGGUCUUAUUGAUGAGAAGCAAUUGAUCAAGUGUUUGAAGGAAGGAGAAAUUAGAGGUGCUGGUUUGGAUGUGUUUGAGAAUGAGCCUCAUGUUGAUAGAGAUCUCUUUGCAAUGGAUAAUGUGGUUUUAUCUCCACAUGCAGCUGCUUACACUGGUGAAGCUAUAUUGAAAUUGUGUGAUCUUGCGGCAGAGAAUUUAGAAGCUUUCUUCUUGAAUAAGCCAUUAAUUACACCAGUGAUGUUGGGUUAG